AUGACAACUACCUUGCUUUGUAACAUGAUAUUUCUGCUGGCAUUUGGAUUGGCUUCAGCUUUUAGCCACAGCCCUAGGACCCCUGACAGGGUUUCUGAAGCAGAUAUUCAGAGGCUCCUCCAUGGGGUUAUGGAGCAAUUGGGCAUUGCCAGACCCCGGGUAGAAUAUCCGGCGCACCAGGCUAUGAAUCUAGUUGGUCCACAGAGCAUCGAAGGUGGUGCGCAUGAGGGUCUCCAGCACUUGGGUCCUUAUGGCAAUAUCCCAAACAUCGUGGCUGAGCUGACAGGAGAUAAUGUACCAAAGGAUUUCGGUGAAGAUCAAGGAUAUCCUGACCCUCCAAAUCCCUGCCCUAUUGGAAAAACAGUUGAUGAUGGGUGUCUAGAAAACACCCCAGACACAGCAGAGUUCAGCAGGGAAUACCAGCUGCACCAACACCUUUUUGAUCCAGAGCAUGACUAUCCCAACAUGGGCAAGUGGAGCAAGAAUUUACUCUUUGAGAAGAUUAAUGGUGGUCCAAAAAGAAGAAAGAGGAGUGUGAACCCAUAUCUGCAAGGACAGCGACUGGAUAAUGUUGUUGCAAAGAAGUCUGUUCCACAUUUUUCAGAAGAAGACAAGGGUCCUGAAUAAGUACAAUAAAAAUGAAUGAUGAAAACUCAUGCCAUCCUCUGCUAGAUCAUAAUAUUGCUUAUAUAUAAUCAUCUAUUAAAAUCCUUGUGAAUGGCAGCAUGUUUAUUAUUUAUAUAACUGUAGAUGAAAAACAGCUGUAUUUAUAACAGUAUGUUCUCCUAGAUAACAAAAAUAUGGUUCUGCUUCUUGUUAAGUUAUGGUAAAAGGACAUUUCUGUUGUUUUUAUUUUAGUCAUGGAGCAAACUUUAAAAAUGUUAGUCAUUUUAAUAGCUAACGUGAGGUAAACGGUCUUAAUGAGCAGCUUGUAAAUAGGAAGAUGUAAAAAAAUGCCCAGUCUGACUCCAACAUUUAAUCUUAAAUGUUACUGUGUUUGACACAUGAAAAUUAUAGUUUUAUGUUUUGUUCACAAAUAUUGUUACUUAGCAAAGACAAAGUAUUUAUUUUACCCAGGGAAUUUUGGCUUUUGGUCCAUUUUAAUAAACAUUUAAGCAAUCUACAAGGUUUGCAAAGUGAC